CAAAAUAAAUUACUUAUAUAGAAUAUUGGCAGGCAGCUUCUUUUAAACAAGAUCAUAAGUUUAUUUUUGUAUUUGAUGAGUAUAGUAGUUAGAGUUUGACUGCAGUGACAUAGAUAUUUAUAUUUAGCAAUCAGCUAACUUCGUAGUCAAGUAGUAAGUUGUUCAACAAAAUGGACGAAUCACAGCCAAAAACGUUGUACGUGGGCAAUCUGGAUGGAUCCGUGUCGGAGGAUCUGCUUGUGGCACUCUUUAGCAAAAUGGGCCAGAUAAAAAGUUGUAAAAUUAUCAGAGAGCCAGGCAACGAUCCUUAUGCUUUCAUCGAAUAUUCAAGCUAUCAGGCAGCGAGCACUGCAUUGACGGCCAUGAACAAACGCGUCUUUCUCGACAAGGAAAUCAAGGUCAACUGGGCCACUAGUCCGGGUAACACGCCCAAGACAGACAUUAGCGCGCAUCAUCAUAUAUUUGUGGGUGAUCUAAGUCCGGAAAUUGAGACGGAGACCCUGCGUGAGGCAUUCGCACCAUUUGGUGAAAUAUCAAAUUGUCGCAUUGUGCGUGAUCCACAGACCAUGAAGUCUAAGGGGUAUGCCUUUGUCUCCUUUGUGAAGAAGGCCGAGGCCGAGAAUGCAAUUCAGACCAUGAAUGGCCAGUGGAUUGGCUCGCGUUCAAUACGCACGAAUUGGUCAACGCGCAAGCUGCCGCCGCCGAGAGAGUCGAAUAAGGCUGGUGGACAAGGUGGCGGCAUGGGCGGUAUGCCCGGCGGUAUUGGUGGUGCUGGCAAUGGCAUCAAGAGCAAUCAACGACACACUUUUGAAGAGGUCUACAAUCAGUCGAGCCCCACUAAUACCACCGUCUACUGUGGCGGCUUUCCGCCAAAUGUUAUUAGCGACGAACUGAUGCACAAGCACUUCAUGCAGUUCGGUCCCAUUCAAGAUGUGCGCGUCUUCAAGGACAAGGGCUUUGCGUUCAUCAAGUUUGUCACAAAGGAGGCGGCGGCACGCGCCAUUGAACACACGCACAUGAGUGAAGUCCAUGGCAAUAUGGUCAAGUGCUUCUGGGGCAAGGAGAAUGGCGGCGAUAACUCUGCAAAUAAUAUUAAUGCUGCCGCCGCUGCAGCAGCCAAUGUAGCCGCUGUGGCAGCUGCAAAUGCUGCGGCCGCAGCUGGUGCCGCCGGCAUGCCGGGCCAGAUGAUGACACAGCAACAACUUGCUGCCGCCGCUGGAGGCGCGUUACCUGGCCAAGUGAUGACACCCCAACAGAUAGCAGCUGCCACGGCAGCAGCCCAAGCACAGUAUCCCUAUGCGGCAGCAUAUCAACAAAUGGGCUACUGGUAUCCACAAGCAAGCUAUCCAGCCCAAAUGCAGACACAAUACAUGCAGCAGGGCUACUAUCCCUAUGCCUACACCACCAGUGCUCAACAGGCGGGAGGCGUGCCUGCCGGCUAUCGUGUUAUGCCACCGAAUAUGGCUUGGGGUGUGCCAGGCGCCACUGUGGUGCCGGGAGUAACGGCAGCGGCAAAUGCAGCCGCUGCUGCGAAUGGUUCACUUGCCCCCCAGAUGAUGUACAGCGCUGCGAUGCCACAAUAUCAAACCCAAUGAGCAGAGAUGUGACGCCUGCUUCGACGCCGACUGCUACCAGCAGGCAGCCGCUGCAGCCAACGCUUGCAUCCGCAACAACGUCUAACACCAAUAUUACAUCCAAAUCAUCAUCAACUUUUCAGACAUGUGCUCGGUAACAUCAAGAACAUCAACAACUGAGGUGUGGGUGAGCGUGUGUGUGUGUGCGUUGAGGUAAGCAAGCAGCAGUUGGUCGAAGCACAGCGUUAAACUAUAAGUUGAACCGCUCGCAGCGCCAGCGGCGGCGCUCUGAAGCUCUGGGCGACGGGCGGGUAGCUGUAACAAUCUAAUCCAAUCUAAGUACAUGUUAAAAUAAUUUAAUGAUUUCUAAUAUAAGUCAGAUAUAGGCGUAUACACGAAUCGAAAACAACAAAAAGCAAGCAAAAGCAAAUAAGUAAUUAAAAUUAAUAAAACAGCAAUUAUUCAAAAACAAAUUUGAAUAAAACAAUAUCGCGACGUGACAAAACAAAUUGUAAUUGUUGUGGAUUUUUGAUGAUGAAACAUGUUGAAUAUACAAAAGAUAAAUCAACAGUGAGAAUAGCCAAGAUAUGCAGCGACAAACACUAGACAGGCCGAAAGUAAAUGAUAAAAAAAAAAAAUAAACAAAUAUAGUGCAUAAGCGAUUGUAAAUGCGAAACAUAUGUAAAUUCAUAUUUGCGAUAUGUGAAUUAUGUAUGUAAAAUGUAAAAUAAAGAAACAAAAAAAUAUACAAAA